AUGCCGCAAAACUUUAUAUUUUGCAGAAAAAUUGAGAUGAAAGGUGAAAAUAUGACAGCAGUAGAAGGCGACGUAUCACUUGUAAUGAGAAAUAAAUAUCGUCCUAGUAUUGCGCACUUUGAGACUUUCCAGUGGGACUUAAAAAGUAAAGAGAAAAACAAGGAGGAAUGGAAAACACAAGCAAUUGGUUUAGCUCCUAAGCUCGGCUUCAUGUAUAUUCUCCGUUGCUGUUUCUACUUUUGUGGAAUCUGUUGUAUUGAAUACAAAGAAAAAUAUGAAAAUGGUGACUUGGGAAAGAAAAGUAAAAAUAGUGAGGGUAAACAUUAUGAGGGACUUGAGCUGGAAGAAAAAGACUGUGAAAGAGGAAAUGCUGAUGGUGAGGAUCAGUGUGGUAACAAUGACUCCAAUGAAAAAGAGGCCUCUGUGAACCAAUGA